GCGUCGCGUUUAUCACGCAUCGCUCAGACGUGCCCCGGAUCCGCUGGGCGUUUGUGCUGCUGGCGGGUUAAAAUCGGCAGCAGGACAUUAAACUACACGAACUCCAGAUGUGCAGAGGAUUGAAGAAUAGUGCAAACCUCUGGAGUCAAUAAUCUGUGCUCAUACUCGGUAGUGCGCUGCAAAUCAAGACGCGAGGACUUCUGAAGCAGAUCUUUAUCAGUAGCUGACUGAAUAAAGGACAUCCAGCAUCAUCUUCCCUCUGAUUCAGAAGUAACAUAUUCAUUCUACUCCUCGUUUCUUCUGUUGUGAUUGGCUCGUGUCUUCCCCUCCCUCCGUUCUCAUUGGCUAUCUGCCAGUCCCAGUGAAGCAGGUGAAAGCAUGGAGCCCAUCUACGCCACAGGGAUGGCUGCGAAGCUGCGGAGUCAGUGGGACCGGGAUGCAGGUUUGGGUCAGAACCACAACGCUGUGAAGUUCCUGGGCCAGGAUUACGAGUCACUGAGGGCCCAGUGCCAACACACCAGGACCCUGUUUGAGGACCAUCUGUUCCCAGCCAGCACUUCUUCACUGGGAUUCAAUGAGCUGGGUCCACGGUCCUCCAAGACGCAUGGUGUGCGGUGGAUGAGACCCACGGAGAUCUGUACGCGUCCCCAGUUCAUUGUGGAUGGAGCGACUCGUACCGACAUCUGUCAGGGAGCUCUGGGGGACUGUUGGUUGCUUGCAGCCAUCGCGUCUCUGACUUUAAACGAUGACCUCCUCCACCGCGUGGUGCCACACGGCCAGGGCUUUGACGGCGGAUACGCAGGAAUAUUUCACUUUCAGUUCUGGCAGUUCGGCGAGUGGCUGGACGUGGUGAUUGACGACCGGUUGCCCGUGAAGGAUGGGAAGCUGUUGUUCGUUCACUCGGCGGAGGGAGGAGAGUUCUGGAGCGCUUUGCUGGAGAAGGCCUACGCCAAGCUGAACGGCUGCUACGAGGCUCUGUCGGGCGGCAGCACGUCUGAGGGCUUUGAGGAUUUCACAGGAGGAGUCACAGAGAUGUACGAGUUAAAGAAAGCUCCCGCUGACCUCUUCAGCAUCAUCGGCCGAGCCAUCGAGAGAGGAUCACUGCUGGGCUGCUCCAUAGAUAUCACUAGUAAGUUUGACAUGGAGGCAGUGACCUUCAAGAAGCUGGUCAAAGGUCACGCAUACUCAGUGACCGGAGUGGAAGAGGUGGUGUACAGGGGGAACAUGACCAAGCUGGUGCGCAUCAGGAACCCGUGGGGUGAAGUGGAGUGGACGGGAUCCUGGAGCGACGACUCUCGGGAAUGGGACAAUGUGGACCGCUCCGUCCGGGGCCGAUUACAGAACCGCAGCGAGGACGGAGAGUUCUGGAUGUCGUUCAGUGAUUUCCUCCGUGAGUUCAGUCGGCUGGAGAUCUGUAACCUGACGGCAGACGCGCUCCAGGCGAGUCGGGUGAAGAAGUGGAGCACGUCGCUCUAUCAGGGCGAGUGGAGGAGAGGAAGCACGGCGGGCGGAUGCAGGAACUUCCCAGCCACGUUCUGGAUCAACCCUCAGUUCAAGGUGACCCUAAAACACCCAGAUUCUCCCGGCCAAUCAGAUUGCAGCUUCCUGGUGGCGCUGAUGCAGAAGGACCGCAGGAAGAAGCGCAGAGAAGGACAGGACAUGGAGACCAUCGGAUUCGCCAUUUAUGAGGUGCCAAGAGAGUUUGUGGGGAAGUCCGGUGUUCAUCUGAAGCGGGAUUUCUUCCUGUCUAACGCGUCCAGCGCUCGCUCUGAGCUCUUCAUUAACCUGCGGGAGGUGAGCUCACGCUUCAGGCUGCCCGCCGGAGAGUACAUCAUCGUACCCUCCACAUUCGAGCCGCAGAAAGAGGCCGACUUCGUGCUCAGAGUUUUCUCAGAGAAACCCGCCAACUCCGAAGAAAUGGAUGAUAAAGUCAUAGCUGAUAUUCCAGAGGAGCAACGUCUGGACGAGAGUCAGAUUGACGCUGGGUUUAAGAGUCUGUUCAGACAGCUGGCCGGAGCGGACAUGGAGAUCAGCACGACGGAGCUGCAGACCAUCCUGAACAGAAUCAUCUCCAAACAUAAAGAUUUAAAGACGGACGGGUUUGGUAAGGAGUCGUGCCGAAGCAUGAUCAACCUCAUGGACACGGAUGGCAGCGGGAAGCUAGGACUCACUGAGUUUCACGUGUUGUGGGAAAAGAUUAAACGCUACCUGCAAAUCUUCAGAGACCAUGACGUGGAUAAAUCCGGCACGAUGAGCUCUUAUGAGAUGAGGAGAGCUCUGGAAGCCGCAGGCUUUAAGCUGAACAAUCAUUUAUUCCAGCUGAUCAUCCUUCGGUACACAGAGGAAGAUCUGUCUGUGGAUUUCGACAACUUUGUCACCUGUUUAGUGCGACUGGAAACCAUGUUCAAGACUUUCAAGACGCUGGACACAGACGCCGAUGGAUUCAUAUCACUCUCGUUCUUUCAGUGGAUUUCUCUGACCAUGUUUGCCUGAAAUGGACAGAUUUUCGCCGUUCGUCUGCUCUCUCUUCUGUAGCCCUGCCCUCUGAAGAGUGCCUUCAUUUUUACACUUCUAUAAUGCAUCUCUAUGGUAUAAACGGCCUUUAUAAACAACACUG